AAAUUCAUGCGAGGAGAGCGUGAGAGCAGGCAGAGAGACCUUUUUGUUUCGAUCGAGUUAGGUAACGAUGAGAGGCGCUCUCUGACGGCUUAUUCUCUUCCCCUUGGCUUGCACUCCGCAGAACGGCAACAGAGGCCGCAGCGGCCACGAGGAGGGCUUGGUCGGACGAGGUGUCAUCGCCUUCACCGCUGAGGACUGGUUAGGCCAGCAUUGAACCAAUGGUACGCGCGCAAUCUCAAAAGAAAAAUGCCGCUGGCAGCUCCAGGAGCAAGGGAGGCGCCAAAAAAAUGAAAGACCUCCACGAUUUGGGCAUCUCUUGCUCAAUGCAAAAUGCAAACCCUAGUAGUGAAAUUUCCAGUGGCAAAGGGAAGGACAGGGAAGAGAUCAUUGCUUCUAGCUCUGGACCCAAGGACCCCUCUCCCUUGAGGAGGUCCACCAGGGAAUCUCUCAUGAAAAAAUUAGCCGCAUCAAAUUCUAACUUGAGUAAAUCAGAACACCUGGAAAACCCAAGCUCGUCAACCCCUUUAAAGAAAGGGAGGAUUGAAAGACAAGUCAAGAAAGUGGAUCAGAGUCCUCUACGAAAGUCAGAGAGGAUUGACAAAUCAUCUGCCACAAGUUCCUCAGGCUGUAAGAAUGAUAGCAAAAGCUCAGAUUCCUCUGGUAAGAAGAAAGGUGAUGCAGUGAAGAAUGAAGAAGAGGCCAAGUCUAAACAUAUCAAUUUGAGAAUUCCUCCAACGGAUAACAAGAGAAAGCAAAUGACUGCUAGGAGCUAUAGAGCUUCGUUAAUAUCUGCUAAGAAAGUUAAAAUGUCAGAUUCUGCUGAAACACAGCAUGAGCGUGAUUCACUAGCUGCAGAUACUGAAGCAGUGCUGGAGGAUGUAGGUGGGUGCUGUCAAAGAAAGAUCAGUGAGCAAAAUGUGGAACUUUGCAAAGGAGAGUUCAAAGAAGACGCAGAGUGUUCUAGUUCAUGUUCAAAGGAGGAUUCAGUGAAGGCCCUGGGAAUUGAAGGAGGUGCAAUAUCCAUGAAAGAACCUUUUCAUGAUGUAUUUCAGAGACUUUUGGAUGGGAAUGACAAUGAAUCUGAUGUAUGUAAACAAAAUAGGAAAGACUUGUUCUUGAAGUCAAGAGAAAUUUCUUUUCCAGAUAGAUCCAAUCGUGCUGAUACUUCAAGAGAAAAUAAGAGCAGUCCAGUAGCUUUCACAAGUUUCCAGCGGACUGAUUACGGUCCAGACAUGGUAGUGACACCAAAAGGAAAUGAUAAACUAGCUCAGGAAGUUCAUACAGAAGAUGUUUGUCUUUCAACUUCUUCGGCUAAGAGGGAAAAUUCUGAGAAAUGCGCCAAGUGUGUUAAACUCACAAGGGUUCAAGUCGUGCAUGCUAAGGAUUCAUGUACCAUGAAAAGGAUUAAUGAUGUUUCUUUUGCUCCUCUUGAGGUAGUUGACCAACCAUCUGCUCUAGGAGCACAUCAAAAUGAUGCCAAUCCUAUGGAAGAAGAUAAAGCAGAAGGAACUCUAUUGUCAAAAGCUAAAGAAAAAUUGGACGGAGCAGAAAAGUCAAGUUGUCACGUGCCUCCUGUUUGUACCACCAGUGUUGAUAAAAAUAUAGAGAAGACAAGUGAGAGUUCCUAUUGUCAUACUUUGGGUAGCUCAAAGAGACAUGUUUGCUCAACCGGUGAGCCGUUGGCUGAAAUUCAAACAGAUAGCGAUCCCGAUGUUUGUGUCCUUUGCAGACAACAAAAAACCGAAUUGUUAUGUCGCGGGAAAGGGUGCAACACACGCUAUCAUCUUUCUUGUUUGGAUCCACCCUUACCGAAUGCUCCUCCUGGUAUUUGGCUGUGUAUAUCUUGUAUAAAAAAGAAAAUAGAGUUUGGGGUGUACUCUGUAUCUGUAGGGAUUGAUUCUGUUUGGAAUUUUAAAGAAGGAGAGCAGAAUAGCAAACAAUACCUUGUCAAGUAUAAAGGUCUUGCACAUGCUCACAAUCAAUGGAUUUCAGAAACCCAGAUGCUUCAAGAAGCUCCUUCAAUUCUGUCUAAAUUCAACAGGGAUUACCAAAAAAAUAUGAUCAUUAGAUGGAAGCAGGAGUGGACUGUGCCUCAUCGGCUAUUGCAGAAACGAUUGCUGAUGCCUCAAGAACUAGCAGAUCAAUUUUUUGAAAAGCUUGGUAAUAACUUUACAAAAUGCUACCAUGAAUGGUAUGUGGAAUGGAAAGGCCUUGGUUAUAAAGACGCAACAUGGGAGUUGGAGAGUUCACAGUUAUUACGAACACCUGAUGCACUGUUACUCAUGCAAGAUUAUGAGGUUCGUCUCAAAGGAAAAACAGCAUUUGAUUCUUCCAAUGCCGACAAGGCAUAUGAACGGAAACCUCCCCAGAGGAGCCUUCAUCAGUUAUUGAAACCAGAGUUAUCAAAACUCUGCGAGAUAUUGAAACUUCCAGAGAAUGUUGCAGAUAUGGCUCAACUUUUUCUUGAGUAUAUAAUGUAUAAUCAUCAAGUGAAUCCUGAACCAGAAGUAAUCUUGCAAGCCUUCAAGAUAUCACUGUGUUGGCGGGCUGCUUCCUUCUUGAAGCACAAGAUUGACCAUGAGGAGACACUUGCACUCGCAAAGAAGUACUUGAACUUCACAUGUGAUGAAGAUCAGGCAUCUAAUAUUUAUUCCAAAUUAAGAAUUCUAAAGAAGAAGUUUUCACAGAAAGACUGCACUUCAUGGAAAAAAAGGGAGUCUGGUCCACCAUCUAGUGGUGCUGAUAUUACCGAAGAACCUGUCUCCAAGAUGUCAACAGAUUCUUCAGGGCCUAAUGUUUCUGAACCUGAGAAAGGUGCCCGUAAUGAGGAUCCAGGUCAUAAUGUUCUUGAACAGCUAAUGUUGCCAGAGCAGGAGCAAGAUCCUGGGUGUGCAACACAUGCAGAUUUACAGGAGCACUCUGGCUCUCGAAAUGAUGAGCUUAUUAGAAAUCAAACUAAUUCCAUUAACAAAAUUUGUUCAAGAAGGGAAGCAGAUCUCAGUGUCAAGCAAAAUGAAGAAAUUUUAGAUUUCAACAAGCACAAGGAAAAGAUGGAGAUGAGUCUUAAAAAGGAGCAUGAGAAAAGGAUUGAACCUUUUCUAGCUAUGAUCAAUGAUUCAACUGAGAGAGAGAACAAUAUUCGAUUAUCUUCAGAAAAUUUGGCUAAAAAAAUUGCUGCAUUUAGUAAGCACAUGAGUGUGCAAUAUGAAAAACUGAAAAGUAUGCAAUCAGUUGCAAGGGAUAAGGAGCAUCAGAUAAAAAAUCACUGGUUGGAAGAAGCAAAGGGUGGUAAAUUAGAGGCUGUUAACUUAGUGGAUUGUUUUUAUAAUAUUCCAUUGUCAGAUUCUGGAUUCAUGCUGGAGGAAUUCAAAGUACUAGACCAAGAUGAUUCUCAUGAUAGUUUGGGAAUUGGAACAUAUGAUUCCGACACAACUGGGUCUUUUCAAAAUGAACAAAUUGGCAAUGUGUUAUCUGUCGGUAACUUAGUAACCACUGAGCGGCCUUCAAAAAAUUUUGAAGUUGCUAAAGCUUCUCCAGAAGUAGCUGAGUGCCUUUCAGGUCAACGUGAUACAUUUAUUACCCAGUCUUACAGUGUGGAUGAAGUCCUUGGGGAUUUGCCUUUGGAAGUUCCAUCUAGUGUUCCAUUUACAGAUAUAAUUGAUGUGCACAUGGAUACUGUUACUCUUGCUUCUAAGUUACCUGUCAAGGACAUAGUGACUGAUGCAGUUGAUGGCAUGCCUAUCAAUAGUAGAAUAGCAGCAACUGAGAAGCAAGCAUUUGACAAAAAUUCAGAAAGAUCAUGCUCGAGAUCAUGUCCAUCACAAAUUAUGGAUCAAGGAGAACAUAUGAACUAUGAUGAUGGCGUAUGCUUGGCAACUUUAUCUACGGAGAACCAGGAACCUUGUAUAAAUGAGCAUGCAAGGACUGAUAACUCACUUGUUUUUGAGGGCCAAGGCAUUGGCACUUCUCAAGAAAUUCCCACAUCAAAUUCAUCUGACAUUCUCACCUUCCCAGAUGAACUGCUCACUAAUAACAUAGCUGUUUCUGAUUAUUUUGACAACCCUCUGCCUAUUGGUAGGGUGCCUAUAUUUGUACAGUGUGAAGAUAACAUAGCUGCAUCUGUAAUCGAACAAGAGCCUUCUCGACAGAUGAGUGGCUCAUUGCAAAAUGGCACGCCAAUGUCGGAGCCAACUAUGUUAUCUUCUGCACUUGUCUCCCAGAUUGUAGACCAGUCAAUUUUACAAAAUUCGCAUAUGAGAUCACAAAGUAGUAUCGGAGAAGAUCUAACAAAUGUUUCUAGACAACCAGAAACAUUUCGUUAUCCCCUCUUUCCUCUUAUACAAUUGAUGCCAAUUCAAGGUCUUCAACCAGAACCGCUGAAGAAUGAACUAGCAAGAAUACGGAUGCAAGAUGACAGAAUUGGCAAGAUGCAUGAGGAUAUGAAAUUGAAACUCAAACUUGAGUGUGAUCAAGAGAUGUUGAAGGUACAGAAAAAAUAUGAUAUGCUUCUUCAGGAUGCAGAAUCAGAAUGUGUUCAAAGUAAGAAGACUCUAGCAACCAUCUACGAUAAAGUGUUCAUGAAUCAAGUUUUAGCAGAGGAGUUUAGGGCCAAAUUUGUUGAGAACCAAGGAGGAUCUUCUUCGACCUCACAAGGUCAGCAGCGAUCAUUGCAUCAUUUACUUCAGGCCUCCCAACCUCAAUUUGUACAGAGGGCUGCAUCAUCAACAAUUUCCAUGUCUAACUCACUUCCAGUUACUCGUCCAUCAGCUGCUAUCCCACUUCCAGUCACUCGCCCAGCAGCUGCUAACCUUCCUCCAGAUGCACAUCCAUCAGCUGCUAUCCCACGUCCAGUUACUCGCCCAUCAGCUACUAUCCCAUUUCCAGUUACUCGCCCAACAGCUACUAACCUGGGUCCAUCAGCUGCUAUCCCACUUCCAGCUACUCGGCCAUCAGCUACUAUCCCACUUCCAGUUACUCACCCGACAGUUGCUAACCUGCCUCCAGCUAUCCCACUUCCAGUUACUCGCCCAUCAGGUACUAUACCACUUUCAGUUACUCGCCCAACAGUUGCUAACCUGGCUUCAUCAGCUGCUAUCCCACUUCCAGUUACUCACCCAACAGUUGCUAACCUGCCUGCAGCUAUCCCACUUCCAGUUACUCACCCAUCAGGUACUAUACCACUUGCAGUUACUCGCCCAACAGUUGCUAACCUGGCUCCAUCAGCUGCUAUCCCACUUCCAGUUAGUCACCCAACAGUUGCUAAGCUGCCUCCUGCUACUCAUCUGUCAGCUGUUAGUCCAUCAGCUGCACAAUCAAACUCAUUUGCCACUAUAAGACUUCGAGCUCCAUCCAUCCCUUCUGGUCAGACUGUCCGAAGUCCAUCUUCAGUUUUCCCAAGCAAUUCCGUUAGGCACCACUUCGGCUCCAUGCUUCCCCCCCGAUCAAACAUUCAAAUCGGAAGCGAAACACGUGCACCUGCACCACAUCUCCAACGUUUUAGAGCCAAUGCGUCACUGACAUCUUCGAGUGUCAUUCAAAUAAGUGGGACUAGUCCUUUUGCCAAUAUUGGCUCAACCACCAUGGGACAGGUUGCAAAUACCCCUAAGCUGCAACCAUGCUUUCUGCCUGUCAGUGGAACUGGAGAACCUGUCAUCUCCAAUUCUGUAUCUUCUUGUCAAGAUGUCUCAUCAACUAGUGUUGGACUGCCCCUGAAUGUUCAGGACAUCGGCAUUGGGGCAAGCCAACAAAGCUCCUUUCAGUUAGCUAAUUUAGUUCCUACGAUUGACAGAAAUUCAUCCAAUUUCCCAUCAACAACCACCCCUGGUUUGUCUCAGACAUCUGCUGCUGAUGUAGAUAGGCACAGAGUUAACUCAGAUGUUGUAUGUAUAUCUGAUGAUGAAAGUUGAUGCUUUUGAUUAGGGUUCUUAGCACUAGUCACCCAUACCCGAAUUUUGCUCACUGUUGUAAAUAACAGGUAACAACCUCGGGCAUGCUCGACUGACCGUUUUGAGAUCAGAAGACACAAGUUAGUUUAGUCUGGGUAGAUUUUGGGUAAUGUUCACCACUUGGCUUCUCUUGUGUUCCAGCAUUGAAUCAGAAUUUUAUCUAUUUGUUCUCACGACCCUGUACUGUUCUCAACCUGCUGGAUGUUUGUAAUCAUGAUGUUUCCAGCCAAAAUAUGGUUGCAUCUUUUCCUUGUUUCAACAGUCUUAAUGUUCAUGUAUUUUGCAAAUUUCUUGAGUCAGUGAAAACUCAAAGGGUGGUAUGUGGAUGUGUGAAAUGUGCAUUUUCAAGAACUGAAACAGUUCAUAGAAUAAUGUAUCAUUAUCAGAUUGCUGCUGACUUAGCUGCUGAGAAUUGACUCGGGCGAACUUUCAUCACCAGUUGGCAUUUAAACUCAAUGAACACAUUCAUCUUCAUUUAAACAGGUAAUUUCCCUGCCAAAAUUAGAAAAACAGUUUUCUACUGAUCGUUAUCAUUGUAUCUUGGUUGUUCUACUGAUGGUUGCCCGUGAUCUUUCCUUCAGGUGCGAGCUUCAUCGCUGUUUGAUUUGAAGAAAAAAAUGUUGGCCAAUUUUUUCUUCAGAAAAUGUGUACUAAUCCUUUGUUUUUUUUUAAUUCAUAUAUUGAUCUGUGCUUUCCAGGUAUUCCUGAUCAGAGGAGGUGAAGGUUGUUCAUGAUCACUGACCACCCAGUGCACCAAAAAGAAAAAAAAAAGGAGCAAUUGCUCACACUAAUAAAUCUUGAUUCAUUCCCAUAAUUUCCAUUGAAUGACACCUUAGCAAAAGUAUCAUUAAGUCUUAAUUUGCUAGUAUUCUUGAUAGACAAAUUCAUAAAUUGUGAUACAAUAAGAUCAAUAUAGGAUUAAGGGGAUCUGUGUUUUUUUUUUUUUUGUCCAGACCCAA